UUCAGGUUCUUUGAAGUGGCACUGACAUGACUACUAGCAUGGCUGUUAGCUGUGAAAAAGCUGGCCAAUUAACACUUUGAGUCGUGAUGUUCGCGUUCUUCGUGCGUAACUUUGUCUGCGGGAUGAAAACUUAAAAGACUUCUGCUCAUUUUGAGGGUUUGUUUGGGGUUGAGAGGAUUGUUUUUAUUUUGACGUGGACAUCCCCUCUGCGUCGGGCUACUGCUGGCGUUAAGGGAGGCGACAGCCUGCAAUGCCUGAGGGGAUGGAUCCUCUGGGUGCUCGCUCCCAGUUCGUGGACGUCCAGACACUCGCCACCUGGCAGGAGGUGCUGGGCGAGGAUGGCCAGCAGAGUCCGCAGGACCUGAGCGACAGCCUGCUCAGCCAGCAGUCCUUCCCCUCACCCUUCCCCUUCAGGCCGGACAUCAACCGCAAAAUCGUCCUCUUCACGGGCGACGUGGCGCUGUUGGGCUGCACGGCCAUCACCAACACCAGCAACGAGCUGCUGACGGACAAGAACCCCGUGUCCAGCCGCAUCCAUCAGCUGGCGGGACCCGAGCUGAGAGACGAGCUGGUGAAACUCAAAGGAUGCCGCACUGGCGAGGCCAAGCAGACCAAAGGCUUCAACCUGGCGGCGAGGUUCAUCAUCCACACGGUGGGACCAAAGUACAAAGCCAAGUACCGGACGGCGGCCGAGAGCUCACUGUACAGCUGCUACAGGAACAUCCUGCAGUUGGCCUCGGAACAGUCGAUGGCGUCCGUCGGCCUCUGCGUGGUCAGCACGGCCAAACGAGGGUACCCUCUGGAGGACGCCACGCACAUCGCCUUCAGAACAGUGCGCAGGUUCCUGGAGAAGCACGGGAGCAGCAUGGAGGCAGUGGUGUUUGCCGUGUCCGACGCAGAGGAGCCCGUGUACAAGAAACUGCUUCCGCUGUACUACCCCCGCUCUGACCAGGAGGAAAGGGCGUGUCUGCCCCUCAUCCCGGCCAACAUCGGCAACUCCGAGGGCGAGCCGGUCGUGCCGGAGAGGCGGAUCCGCAUCGCCGAGAAACCGGGAAGCCUGGAAAACGAUUACGAGGAGGACAACCUGGACUCGGACCUGGGUCAGGUGGGAAACCACGCCUUCGCCCGCAUGGAGGGAGAUGUUGACAAGCAGCGCAAGCUGAUCCUGCAGGGUCACAUGUCGGAGGCGGCCGUGCAGAAGCAGCACCAGAGGAACUACAACCGCUGGCUGUGUCGAGCCAGAGCAGAGGACCUGUCAGACAUCGCCGCUCUGAAAGCGUUAUAUCAGACAGGUGUGGAUAUGUGUGGCAGAACAGUGAUGGUUGUGGUGGGAAGAAACAUUCCAGUGACUCUCAUCGACAUCGAAAAGGCCCUGCUGUACUUCAUCCACGUGAUGGACCACAUCACGGUCAAGGAGUACGUGAUGGUGUACUUCCACACGCUGACGGGGGAACACAACCACCUGGACUCAGACUUCCUCAAGAACCUCUACGACAUCGUGGACGCCAAGUUUAAGAAGAAUCUAAAAGCCUUCUACUUUGUACAUCCCACGUUCCGCUCCAAGGUGUCCACGUGGUUCUUCACCACCUUCAGUGUGUCGGGCGUGAAGGAAAAGGUGCGUUACCUGGACAGCCUGCAGCAGCUCUUCACCUGCAUCAAGCCCGAGCAGAUCGACAUCCCGCCUUUCGUCCUGGAGCACGACGCACGGGUGAACGGACCGUGCCAGUCUUCUGGUCUGUGACCCAGCCUUUCAGAGACACUGUCCCCAGACAUUCAGUUCACUCAGUGUGGACCUCGCUUGGUUCUGGGUCCUGCAUCCCAUAAUGACGCGGCCGUCACGCUGGAACAAGACGCUGGUAUGAUGCUACGUCUUAGCAUGUUAGCCGCUAGCGGCACCCCUGUUUGGAUCAACCUAUUUCUUCGCACCUUGAAACAUUCCCAGCAAACUUUCACCACUUGACUUCUUUUUUUUUCUACCAAAGUUAGCCAACGACUUGAUCACAAAAUCAAAUUUUUUAAAAUCGCCUCCACCUUCGGCAGCAUUCCUUCUUGUGGUGGCUAACGUAUUAGCCGCUAGCUCCUUCGCUCCUCUGGUUUCUGCUUUCACUUUUGGUUUUCUUUGUUUUAGCACGUUCUCCCUUUUUGCCCCACUCGGGGUGUUCACUCACCAGUCCAAACGUGGUUCCUCGCGAUGACACAAGCGAAUGAAAGCAACCGCGUCUUCAGCUGAUUUCCUCAAAGAUGUGAAAAAGUGUUUCCCGAUCGUCGACUAUCAAUGAGCCAAAUAGACUUCUUGGAAAUGUAUCUAUUCUUUUUUUUUUUUUUUUUUUUUUUUUUAAACUUUUUUAAUUGUCAGAGCUUACAGUGGGAAGGGGAUUCAUACGGCCCCAUUCGUCGUGGUUUACCUGACACAUGAAACGUGACAAAUUAGGGCGUGCACUACCCACUUUAGCCACCAGACGCAAUAGAGUGUGGAACAUCUUAAAAUGUGUUUAGUGGCGACUCCAACUUUGACCACAGUGUCAGUUUUCAGCAGAACCCCCCCCUCUUCCUCUCACGCGAGAUCCACCUAGGAACGGGGCCGAACCCCUUCCCGCCCGUACGCAGAUGGUCGACUGUUUUAAGACGUCAACUCUUGUUCAUUCUGUCAACUUUUUUUGUUACAAUCUUGAUUAAAAUGAUUUGCUGUAAAGAA